UGGCUCCAGAGACCCCAGACCCUCCCUGGGCAGCUGUGCCAGGGCUCUGCCACCCUCCAUGGACAGAGCUUCCUCCUCACGUCGAGAGGGAAUUCCUCGUGGUUUAUUCCGUGGCCAUCGCUCCUGGUCCUGGACAGCGCUGGGAACAGCCUGGCACCGUCCUGUGCCAGCCCGUGGAGAUAUUUAUACGGAUUGAUGGGAUCCCCUGUCAGCAUUCCCUUCUCCAGCGGGCCAUGCCCAGCUCCCGCAGCGCCUCCUCAGCAGGGCGAUGCUCCAGACCCCGGUUGGGGCUGGCCGGGCAGGAGGGGAGCGGCCGGGGGGAGGAGGAGUCUCUGUGACAGGUAUAUAAGGUGAGGUGAGGCGCAGGGGGAUGAUCCUGGGAAGAAGAGCUGGUGUUUGUUGGAGGCUGCUCCGUGCUCCCUGGAAGAUGGAUUACGCCAAAUCCCUGAGCCAGCGCCUGGCUGCCCCCGUGUCCAAAUGUGUCUCUGCCAGUGCCUCCAUGACCCAGCAGCUGCUGGCUGGCCCGGCCCCACCAUCCCGGCCCUACCGCGUGUGCAACUGCGACCGCAGCCUGCGCAAGGGCGUCAUGGCCCCGAGCCUCGCCGAGCUGCUGUGCCAGGCUCAGAGCGCCCUGGCCCUGCCGGCGCCCAUCGUGCUGGUGCUGGAUGAGGAUGGCACCGCCGUGGAGACAGAGUCGUUCUUCAGGACGCUGGAGGAGGGCACGGCGCUGAUGGCCCUGAGCAAGGGACAGACCUGGACUGCCCCCAAGACACGUGGCUACCAGGUGAGUCUGUCCCGCAAGCCCCCGCGCAGGAUCGACGUCGCCUGCGUCACCUUCGACCUGUACAAGACCCACCCGAAGGACCUGGGCUGCCUCAACGUCAAAGCCACCCUGUAUGGCACCUACAGCAUGUCCUACGACCUGCGCUGCUACGGGGCGCGGCGCCUGGUGAAGGAAGCCCUGCGCUGGGGGCUGUUCACCAUGCAGGCCACGGGCCACGUCCUGCUGGGCACCUCGUGCUACAUGCAGCAGCUGCUGGAUGCCACCGAGGAGGAGCAGAAGGAAGAGGAGAAGAGCCCGCUGCCCCUUCAGAACCUCCUGCCCUGCAGCCUCCCCGCCCUGCCCUACAAGAAGAUGUCGCAGUGAGGGUCGGCUGGCCUGGCCUGUCCCCUCUGCUGUCCCCCCAACCUCGGGGGUCCCAGCACCCCGCUAGGUCAAUACCUGGGCCGAGGCUGCCGCGGUGCCUGGCACAGCCUCUCCUUGCACUCUGCUGGCUGAGUGUGGCCAAAUCUGCUCUGGAAUAGCUGCUGCUCUGUAAAUAUAUUUAUUUAAGUAAAGUUCUCCUGAAUUCA